CCCGGAGAUAUCGUAAAUCCAUUGGCCAUUGGGGGUUUUGCGAUUCCGGUAGAUCGACGGGAAAGUGCGUUUCGUUCCGGAUACUGACAAUGGCUUCUGCCGAUACACUAGCCAGAAUACGGCAUGAGAUAGUCGAUGCAACGCUACGUUUUAAUGCAAUCACCAAUGACAUCAAAGAGUUCCACGGCACACUGAAGGAACUGGAAGUGCUGAACGAAGAGGGUCGAAAGAAGUUGGGUGCCCUGCAGCAAUGCAUCGCGAAGCUGGACGAAUAUGCAGAGGUUCACGCCGAUGCGUCGUUGCUCCGCGAGGCCACAGAGCAUCGAAGCAUGGUCCACCGCGCAAUGCUGGAUUUUCGGCGCACAAACGUUAUCAAGAUGCGGGAGAUCGAAAGUGAUAACAGGGAAGAGCUGUUCAUGUUAAGCCCACAUGAAAACGAAGUCCGCGCCCGGUCAAUAGCUUCACGGAGUCGCGCAAAGGGUAACGAAUCGGGUUUGCUAAUGAUGCAGCAAGAGCAAAUCACUCAGCGGAUGCUAACGAUUACACAGCAACUGAACGAUGCCACGCAAAAAUCGGCCUCAUCGCUCGACGUGCUUCACGCGACCAGUGCCUCGGUGAAUAGUACGCGCGACGAACUGCUCAAAGCGGCCGGCAACAUUCAAAAGUCCGCCUGGCUACUGGACAAGCUUAACCGGCGCAACUGCACCGACAAGGUGCUCUUUGGGCUUGGACUGACCCUGUUUUUGGUGGUCGUUCUGUAUAUAUUUAUGCGUCGCUUGUUUGCUUGAGAGAGGAGAAUUGCAAUAAUUUCUUAGUUUUCUAUUUCCUUCGUAUUUAAUAAUCCGUAACAGGACGAUCGAUUUAAAUAAUUAUUCUAUUUAAGGUCUUAGGUGAAAGUACGACAUAGAAGACACGUAGCAAAGGGUUAGUAAGUUUGAGCUGGAUCAAAGAAUGUUUCCAGCAGCAGAUGUGGAAUUCGACUAGUUCCAAAAAAAUGUUAUGUGAAUUUUACUUUUACUCACUGCGAAGCUGUAGCAUUUCAAAGCCCUAUACUUUCGACAUUCGGCAAGAAUGGAGAAAUUAAACGCUGUGAACAUUUCUGGUAGCGUUUGCUGAUGGAAGUAAAAACGCAGCAACGAAAGUU